CGUGAAGAGAAGGCGGAAGAAGCGGCCUUACACUCCGCCUCCUCUGCCUCGAAGUCCGGAAAGCGGUCCCAGGCGUGAAAAUCGCCCCUUCCAGGAAGGGGGCAUGGCGGGGAUCAAAGCCUUGGUUGGCUUAUCGUUCACUGGAGUCAUUGGUUUGACAUUUCUUAUGUUGGGAUGUGCCUUAGAAACUUAUGGUACCUAUUGGCCAUUAUUUGUCUUGAUAUUUUAUGCCAUAUGCCCUAUUCCUCACUUUAUUGCAAGAAGGGUAAGCGAUGAUACAGAUGCAGCAAGCAAUACUUGCAAGGAACUGGCAUAUUUCUUCACAACUGGAAUUGUGGUUUCUGCUUUUGGACUUCCUAUCAUUCUUGCACGUGUUGAAGUGAUCAAGUGGGGAGCUUGUGGCCUUGUGCUGGCUGGAAACGCAGUAAUUUUUCUUACAGUUUUAGGGUUUUUUGUUCUAUUUGGCGGAGGAGAUGAUUUUACCUGGGAGCAGUGGUAGAGUUUACUGAGAUGUUAAUCUACACUAUAUACCUUACACAGGCCUUCCUUGAUUUUUGAUCAUUUACUGCAUUAUUUUAGUGUGUAUAUAGACAUACUAUGUAUACAUGUGCAUAUGUUGAUGUAUUUAGUGUAUGAGUAUUUUGAUCAUUGUUAGCCUAACAUAAAGAAAAUGUAUCUUAUAUAUCAGUACCUUUAUUUCAUGUAAUGCAAGUAAAUUUCCACAGUAGGUGGUAUCUUUAGAGUGCAAGAAAAACUAUGCAAAUAGGGAUUGUCUUGUAAAUUAUGAUGAUGGGGGCUUUCUUUUGAACAUUAGAAUUAGGAAUAACAUUUGCUCUUUUGGUUUUAAAGCAGGAUAACAAAAGAUACUAAUUUACCUUCAAGGUAAAGACAUUCAUAUUCCUUCAAUAUAAAAUGUGUGUUCAAAGAACUAGAAUAUUAAAUCACUCAGGUUUUAUACAGUUUUAAGAAACAAUUGCUAGAUUAUUUAAAUUUAGGGCAAAUAGUCAUCUAGAUAUUCUUUACCUUCUGGAUGAGUAAGAAAAUGGGACACAAUCCUGCACAUGCCUGGACUGGAUCCAGAUUCUGCCACCAGUGGGCAGAAAGAUUCCUGUUCUACACUAGAAGCUUCUGAUCGAGCAGAGGAAUCCCACUUUUGCACUGUAAAAAGAUGCAGUAAUCUAGGUUGGUUUCUCCUGCCGUACCCAACCCUGCUUCCCACAAAUCUGUUCCAGGUGAUUGAAGGAAUUUCCAGAACAUGGGGAGAGGUGGCACUCAGAAAAUGCUCCCAGGGACAGAAAACCUGUCCCCAACUUGUCAACAAUUUAACUGUUUCAGAAUCCAUGUAUACUUUUAAAUAAACAGCUAGUGAUUGUAAGAGGAGGAAUACAAGAAUGAAGUUGCAAAAUCAUGGAUGCUUACCUGGGAGUAAGUUUCAUUGAAUAUAAAAAAGCAUAUUUCUGAGUAAAGAUGUGCCUUAAAAAUAUUAAAUGAAUACUUUGCUUUGAUCUUUGUUGCAAUGUAAAAAGCUCCAGUAUACCUUCCUCUUUUCCAUCCACAAAUAAGUAUAGUAUUUGUAUAGUAUAUUAUAUUAGUUUAAUAAUGAUGAUAGCAAAUCAUGUUAUUUUUCACUAGGUAUUACACUAUUGCUUUUCUCUUGAAAAUGGAAAUACAUUCUUUUGAAGAUAUGAUAAAUCAUAGUGAAGAACUUUUUGUUUCUGGUAUAAACUUAAAUAACCCCUGCCUUCUUGUGAGUAAAUUGUAUGAAACAAAUUUGCUAGGUUUAUAAAGAUUGACAAUAGCUUUUAGUAGCCAUCUCCAACUUAGUCAUUCUACCAUUAUUUGUGAAUAGAUAUUUACUGUAGUAGUUUUCAUUAGUUGGUAGAAAAGCAAACUUCAAAGAUGGCCAAGAUUACUGGGGUCUAGAGAGGGAAUGUGUAACUAAUUCCCAGGAGCCGGUUUAUGUUUGAGAAAGGAAUUCUUUACCUGCCAUAACCAAUACUGUUUUCAGAGGUCUCUUUCCUUUUGGGAGACAUAGAACAUAAAGAAAUUUACAUAGUUUAAGUUCUCACACUGGUAACCUUCGUCCCAGAAAAGAGAGCUCUCCUCCCCUUUACUCAUCAUCUCAUCUUGUUCUCCCUUCUAUUAAAAAAUCCAAAAUUAAAAAGCUCUCUGUUAUAUUCUGUUGUUUCUUUUGUGCCCCUGAAAAGGUCCCCUGCCAUCAGAUGCCUCUCUGCACAGCUACUGCGUCCAACUUAAUAGAAGGGGCCUGCAACCGUUACACAUGCAUAUGAAAACUGCUAUAUAUUUUUGGAUCCUGAUUUUGAAAAACUCUUUUGCAUCUUCUGACUAGGUUCAUAUAAAAACUUUGUAACGUUUUUGUAAUCUGUACCAUAUGAAAUACGAAAUUGUGCAAUAUAUUUGUGACCUGAAACACAUUUUUCUGAUCUUUAAUAAAAGUAGAUGUUAACAUUUC